AUGCAUGAGGAAUUGCCAGCACGACAUGAAGACACCGAGUGGAUUGACAGUGAGGACAUUGGUCUGGACGUAGAGACACUCCCAGAGCAUAUGAGCAAUGAGGAAAGCAUUGUAAAUGCUCUCUACUCUAACGACUACUCCUUCUCCAUCAACACGGUCAACAUAUUCACACUAUCUACGUGUGCAACAUUUCACCGGUCGGAGGAUUCCCUAUCUCCAGUUCAGUCGCUUGUAUCCGCUGGAUUUCUGGGCAAUGCACCCCACAAUCCCUCAAUUGCAAUAUCCCUGUGGAAUCUUGAACAUUACCGCCUGCUUCGCUUGCGCAAGCCAUCACUCAGUAUUGAAGCCUUCGCAAAGGUAAUAUGCGACUCUUACUUGAUUGCUUACCGCCGCUCAUAUCGCACUGCCUUGGCAGACUCGUUUGAUGUGUACCUCACCAUUCUUCGCAAAUUUACACAUAUGUAUGUGAUGAAUGGUGGCAAUUCAGUCAAGCGUAUGAUGGGCAUUGGUGACCGACAAUGUGGCAACACUCGGGUGUAUAAUGAGAGUGAUUACAUGCUUCCACGUACCUUCAUUGAUCGCUUCACUAAUGAAGUGCUGCAAUCUCGCUCUGCAUAUCGAGUCAAUGAUCGCCCUGAUGAUGACACCAUCUCCGAAGCUGAAGAAGACAUCUCCUGGGCACACGUAAUAGCUGAAGAUUGUAGCAAAAACUGGAAAGCAGCGGCAGACGAUGAUAAGAAAAGGAUGUGGGCAGUCUUCGAUGAGACAGGGAUCUUUGUCACAGCCUGUAGACAUGGAUUCAUCUUAUGGUACACAGAUAUGAUUAAGAGUGGCAAGUUAGCGAAGUAUCCAUUGGCAAUUGUUGCCAAAGUCCUUGAAGUCAUUGGUGAGCGCACACUUGGUGCCUAUGACAUUGGGUGUGGAUUCUCAUCUAUGGUUCAUGCAUCAUCCUUGGGUACUACAUUCACGGAAAUGCAGUCACGCUUGUAUGUUGACUCGUUCCACGGCUACGCACACAAUUAUGUGUGUCAAACUCAACACCACCAUCCUCUCGGCAUUGAAAGUGCAGGACUCGAAGACUUUGGCAUUGCUGAGUGCAUCUUCAGUGCUUCGAAUGCGCUAGCACCUGUCAUUCACUAUGCUAGUGCCUACUGCCAUCAUAUGUUCCUGGAUCUGUUCUUCAAGCAGUGGGAUGAAGACAAGUACACAAACCUUGGCACUAUGCUACUCAACAACUAUAGGCAAGCACUGCAAAUCAUAUCAUCGGAGACUGUAGCAUUGGAGGAGGCAAAGACUUCUCUUGGCAUACAAGACACUGACCUCAUGAAUUGGCGAGCUGAAGAGAUUCAGUACUUUCAGACACUUGGGAAGGAACCCAAGUGGGAUGCACAUGCUGUCAUGUGCCAAGCUUCUGUGAGCUUCAAUCAUUUCGUUUCUGCUGCCCUGGAUGACUAUCAAUUUACGGCUGCUUCAGAGUCCAACUUCUAUUCAGCCAAUCUAUCGCAGACAUCUGAACACUUUACUGUCAUUCAAUGUGAAGUCAUUUCCAUGGAAAUAAAGCUCGGUAUCGCAAAUCACUGGAAUAUAUCAUCACCUGAAUAUCAAGAUACCCUAAAAUACAUGACACUUCACAAGUAUCAUAAGGCCCUCGAUAAUCUGCAGCAUCUUGUUGUGCAACGGUUGUUUGAGUUGCAAAGACUUAACGUCUCGCAAACUGGUAAGAAGUAUAACGAGGCAGCAUCAGACUUGCAACCACCAUGGCCACCACUUGAGUGUUUCCUUGAUGAAUUCAACCUACUUUGUGAAACCCAGCAAGACAUUCACAAGAAACCAUGCACCAAGCCUGCGGUUCAGGAGACUAUCUGCCAAUAUCUCCACAUUCAACGUGCAAAGGAGGAGAUUACCUGUUGUGAUGUUGAAGUGCGUCACUUACACACUGCAGUUGUUGUCGAGAACGAAGCAUUCACCCGCAUACUUGAUGCACUCAAGACAUCCAACUCACCUAUCUUUAUUCAUUGUCUUGAUGCAUUUAGUGGAGACAAGUCUUCUGGUAUUAGGAAGGGGUCUAGCAGUGUUGAAGUUCCCUCCACUGUGACCACAGAUCAGCCACUCAAGAAUGACGAGAGCGAAGAAGGUUUAGAUGAGGGUGACAAAGUGGAGCAGGACAUAGGGACUCUCAUAGAAUUUAUCUCUGACAUGACAUUGCGUCCUUGA